CUUUGGGUCCCCAUUGGGUCCCCAUUGGGUCCCCCCUUGGGUCCCCCUUUGGACCCCCAGUUGUACCCAUAGAGUUCCCAUAGAGUUCCCAUAGUGUCCCCAUUGGGUCCCCACUGGGUCCCUGUCACCCCAUGUCCCCAUUGGGUCCCCAAUGUCCCGUGAGCGUGCCCCAUGAGCGUGCUCCAUUAGUGUGUCCCUUAAACGUGCCCCGUGAGUGUGCCCUGUGAGUGUGCCCCACACGCGUGCCCCAUAAGCGUGCCCUAUAAACGUGCCCCAUGAGCGUGCCCCACACGUGUGCCCCAUCUGUCUGCCCCACACGUGUGCCCCAUAAGCGUGCCCCCUAAGCGUGCCCCCUAAGCGUGCCCCACACAUGUGCCCCAUAAGCGUGCCCCAUAAGCGUGCCCCCCGCUCGUGCGGCCAGGUUCGCCAUGGAGUGCCUGAAGGAGUGCAAGUUCUCCUUCGCGUCGGACGUUUGGUCCUUCGGGGUGACGCUGUACGAACUGCUGACCCACUGCCACCCCGCGCUCAGCCCCCCAGCGAAGUUCCUGGAGAUGAUCGGAGCCACGCAGGGGCAGAUGACGGUGCUGCGGCUCAUGGAGCUCCUGGAGGCCGGGCGGAGGCUGCCGUGUCCCAGCGGGUGUCCCUGCGAGGUGAGCGCAGCCCCUGCCCCAUAAGUGGGACCUCCUGCCCCA